AUGGUUGAAACACCCGAAUAUAUCGAUUGGUCAGACCAGAGCAUAUCUUUCAGCAAAGCGGAUCACCCAAAGGCCGUUCCAAGACCUGGUCAUGCGGCUCUAGUCCUUGAAGCGCAGAUUGGAGGUUACAACAUGAGCAAGGUGUUCAUGGACGGAGGAAGCGGCCUGAAUCUGUUAUUCGCUAGCACAAUGAAGGCAAUGGGCCUAACGACUGACAUGCUAAAAGAAUCCGAUACAGGUUUCCACGGCAUCAUCCCCACCCGACCCGCUUACCCCCUUGGCAAAAUAUCACUGGACGUGGUGUUUGGCACACCAAGCAACUUCAGGAAGGAGAAGCUCGAGUUUGAAGUAGUUGAUUGGGAAUCGCAAUAUCAUGCUAUCCUCGGCAGACCAGCAUUCGCCAAAUUUAUGGCGAUACCUCAUUAUGCAUAUCUAAAGUUGAAGAUGCCAGGAAACAACGGGACAACGAUAACCGUCUACGAAAGCUUUUCUCGUUCUGACAGCUGCGACAGGGAUUUCCAGAAGAUCGCCUCGAAGUUUGGCGUCAAGGAAGAGCUCAACGCACUCGACGCUAUCACAGACCACACAAAGCCGCCAGCUGAUAACCGGAACGUAAGAUCCGACGAUUUUGAUGUCACAAAGGAGGCAAAGAAGCAGCAAGUGCACCCCACUGAUCCGAAGAAAACAGUCAACACUUCGGCAGAUCUUACUGUCGCACAGGAAAGCGCGCUCAUCGAGGGCAACUUAUAA